GAGCUUAGUACGGCAAAGAAAAAUACACCUCUCAAUACCAGCAAAACUGCACAUCAAGUGUUUAUUAGAGAUCAUGAAAGAAGAGAAAAAUCGUUUUGGUAAUUCGAACUCGAGUUGCCCGGAAGAAAUUUGAAGGUCCGGUUACUUAAGUGGCGUAUCGGAUAGUCGGAAUUUGCUAAGCAGGCUGAAACCCGGUUUGCUGGACCUCCAGAUUCUCUGAUCCGUCACAGGAUGGUUCAUUAUCCUGCAUUUCCUCUCAACCUCUUUCACAUCUUUGGUAUAUCUGCUCUUUUCAUCAUAUAUCUCUACCUUUGCUUCCACCAUGCCGGCUGUUUGGAAUGGUGAUCUUGCUGAGCUCACAAACCUGCUUCAAACCUCCAUGAGACUAGACACCAAUAGGAAUCUGAACUUGCAAAACCCUGCUGCCCAUCAGAAUGUCCCUCACAACCUAUGGAGAUAUUGUAUUAUUGGGUUUUUUUUUUCCUUACAUGGUGCAAAUGCUUGGCAUCUUAUAUGUGCAUUGAGAAAAAUAUGGAGAAUUAGAGGAGGCUUGUCUGUGAGACAAGCUGGUGUUGAAUACUAUCUUAUCCGAUUUCAGAUAUAUCAUGAGUUUGUUAGAGCAGUUAGACAAGGUUCCAGAGCCAUCAUGAAUGAUAUUUUUAUGAUGAGUGUUUGGCAUGAAGAUCAAGAUAUCAGGGAAAUAAUCUUAACUCAUGUGGAAUUGAACAUCACCAUCAGAGGUCUAAAUUUAGAGCAGCUUCAAGACUUUGAUGAUAUAAGAGGAUUUGUAUUCAAUAUGGGAGAAAUUAUAGCAUUUGAUCCACCAAGACUCACUGAGAAUGGAUCAUAUGCUAUGACAGUUAGACUCACUAUGAAUGUCUUCAACACUUUGAGAGAAAACACAAUUGCAGAUGAUGGAAGAGGAGGACUCAAUACUCUCACCUUUGAGUAUCAUGAUUUACCACACAACUUUUGUGAGUUCUGUCGCAGACUAGGCCACAAACAAGAAGAUUGUGGACAAUAUAUGCAAGCUCAAAAUUUAGUACAACAUGGAUAUCAGCUGCCUACACCUCCAGCCCUAUAUCCACCGUUACAUCCAUCAGAUGCUUACAUGGCAGAUUUCAUGGGAGAUGCAGAUGAUGAGUUCGACUUCCUUGCUAAUGAUAAUGACUCCAGUACCAACAACAACAAUUCAACCGCCACCAACCAGAUGGAGAUCAACAUACAUGACCAUGAUGAUGCCAUCUCUUCGGUUACUUCUGAAGAAUUGCUUGUGAAGAUCAAAAAGCCUAAUUCACCUCCAUUUGUUGUAAAUCCUCAUCAGUGGGAUGAAUUUGGUUUUAAUACCCCUGAACCUUUUGUGAACCCUAACCCAUAUGAGCUCUCAUGGGACCUAAAUAUAAUAUCUCAACCAAAAGACCAAACCCUAGUCAUUACCUUUACAAGCAUCUAACCCGGUGCAUACGCACCUGGAAAAGUCGCAAUAUUGUAUCCUGCAUAUACCCAAAGAAUUAUUGGUUUACAUAGUUUGAGGUUAGAAUUAUAUGCGGCAACUUCAAAAUAGUGUCCCACCUUUUUCUUGUGCACAUCUCCCCUGAAAAAGAAACAGUUUAUAAAGAAGUCAUUGCUUAGGGAAACCGAAAACGUCUAAUUAUGGAACAAAGGUAGGGAACAUUGGAUUGAGAAAUAGUAGUGAUCGUAGUUUGCAUGAAAAAGAUUAGUCACGUGUAAGAAAAUUGAUAUAUGGUUUCUCUUGUUUUGCCUUCA